AUGGACCUAAGUGUGACACACAGGUUGAUACACCGAGGCCCAGAUUCAGCCAUGUUGGCCCCCCAGCCUUCAUUUUUCCUGGGACACCUCACCACUGAACAGUUCUCUCAAUUUUCCCAGCAGCAUUUGCAGUAUAACACUGAACAAAGGCAAAGAGAAAUGGAGGAGGAGAAGAGAGAAGAGCUGCAGCAGCUGAUACAAAAGAGUAAAAAUGAACAGAGUGCUGUUGCCAGUCCACUUGUAAGGCAGAAACUUCGAGAACAUAUCAUAAUGAAGAACCAGCCCCCCCAUGACAGGAUUACCCCAAACCACUGUAGUACUCCUCCAGGAUACAGGCUACCAGAUCCUGACAUUUCCCCAAAGCCUCAACCUACACCCUGUGACCAACGCAAAGACCUCGCCCUGCGAAGAACAGUCUCCGAGCCCACACUGAAGUUGAAGUUGAGGAAAAUUAUCACCAUGAGGCCUAACCCACUGCAACGAAAGAUCAGUGCCCCUCCUGAUGUCAAGCACCGAACAGAAACUCUGGACUCUUCUCCAUGCAGCAGCGCCUCAGCAUCAGGGUGUAGUUCACCAAAUGACAGCCUCAUUUCAGAUAACGGCUCCCUUUCUCUCACUGCUGAAUCUAAGAGGUUGCUGUUGAAGAAUGGUAGUUUAACACACUUUGCCUGGACCAACAACCCCACUGCAGUGCACAACAUCACGGCUGGACUUCCUGCACAGGCUGACCUGCGCAUGGCAAAGCCUGCGACCGUAUCCGCUCUGCAGUCUGUCUACCUGCCUGUGGAGGGAAGCGGUUUAUCUUUACCUCAGCGCCUGCAUCCACUGCUCCUAAUGGAACCGUCCACAGGACUGCUGCCCUCCAAGUUUGUUCCUUUUCAGGGUUUGAGUUCCAUUCCUCAGCAGCAUCCUCGCCUGUCCUCCCCCUCCAGGAGAGAAUGUUUAGUGGCCUUACCCUCUCACCCACCUGUUGAGCGAACACACUCAGAGCCAUUACCGUACAACCAUUCGGUCCUGCGUCUGCAUACAAGCCACCAUCUAAACUCCCCGUACCAUCUUCCCUCACAAUUCCCCAGGAGCGGACUAGAAAGAUCCAAGCUGAAUUCACACCUGAGCAAGCUGAAUAUCAAAACCAUUGAGAAGCCGCGUCUGACACAGAUCCCAUCAGAGGACAUGGACCUGGAGGAGACUGGAUCAGUAUCAGGAUCGGGAACAGGGUCUCUGUGCGGCUCAGAACUUGGCUCACUGUGUGAGGACAACCAUAGCAGGAGACAAAGCAACGCCAGCACAGACUCAUUUUAUGGCACAGAGUCAAACGCCUCCUCCCGGGACAGCUUAAUCGAGACUUCACUUCCUCUUAAUCAGAGGCAGGUGAUCCUUAGAUCAGGUCUCCAGACAGAUGCACUGGGUGUCCCUAUUUUACACUGGUCCCACCAGUCUCACCAGCGUGUGAUUCGGACCCGGUCAUUACCAUCCUCCACCUCCCUGCCUCCUGCAAGCAUACCUUCUCUGUCACUGUCCAGCCCUGCUUCAGACGCCAAACUACGUUUCACAACAGGUUUAGUUUAUGACGCUCAGAUGCUGAAGCACCAGUGUAGCUGUGGAGAAAACAGCCGCCACCCUGAACAUGCAGGAAGGAUACAAAGCAUCUGGUCCAGACUGCAAGAGAGAGGGCUGAGGAGCCACUGUGAGUGGAUCCGCAGCAGAAAGGCCACCCGUGAAGAGUUGCAGUCAGUCCAUUCAGAAAACCAUGUGCUAAUGUUUGGCAACAAGCUGGACAACCGCAGGCUUGCCGGACAUCGCAUUUUUGUAGAGUUACCAUGUGGAGGUGUUGGGGUAGACGUUGAUACAGUUUGGAAUGAUCAACACACAGCCGUCGCAUCCCAGAUUGCUGCAGGUUGUGUCACUGACCUGGCACUGAAGGUGGCACAGAGAGAGCUGAAGAAUGGCUUUGCAGUGGUGAGGCCCCCUGGACACCAUGCAACCCGUUCAUCCCCCCUGGGCUUCUGUUACUUCAACUCUGUGGCCAUCGCAGCCAAGCAGCUCCAACAUAAGCUCAACGUCAGCAAGAUCCUGAUUGUAGACUGGGAUGUGCACCAUGGUAAUGGCACCCAGGAGGCGUUUUACGACGACCCAAACGUGCUGUACAUCUCCCUGCAUCGCUUUGACGACGGGAACUUUUUUCCUGGUAGUGGACAUCCCAAUGAGGUGGGCACAGGUGCAGGCAAGGGCUUCAAUGUGAAUGUUGCGUGGACUGGAGGGUUGAAUCCUCCAAUGGGCGAUGCAGAAUACUUGGCUGCAUUCAGAGCCGUGGUGAUGCCCAUCGCCCAUGAGUUUUCCCCCGACGUGGUGCUGGUGUCGGCUGGUUUUGACGCUGUUGAAGGACAUCCAUCUACAUUGGGAGGAUACAAGGUCACAGCCAAGUGUUUUGGCUUCUUGACUCGUCAGUUGAUGUCACUCGCCGGGGGCCGGGUAGUCCUCGCUCUGGAGGGGGGGCAUGACCUCAAAGCCAUCUGCGAUGCCUCUGAAGCUUGUGUCAGCGCCUUGCUGGGCAUGGAGGUGGAGCCUCUGUCCCAGUCCGUGUUGGACCAGAAGCCUUGUGAAAACGCAGCCCGCUCCCUGCAGAGAGUCGUCCAGAUUCAGGGUGAGUACUGGCAGAGUGUGAGGGAUUCAGCCGCCACGGUGGAGCUGUCCUACCUGCAGGCGCAGAGACACCGACUCAGACGAGAUUCAGACAGCGAGGCGAUCAGCGCCAUCGCCUCUUUGUCGAUGGGAUCCCUCGCAUCAGAAAGGAAGCAGCCUGAAAUCACAUCAGAGAAAAAAGAUUUGAUGUGAGGAAAACAUCUGAUCCAUUGAGCCUUAACUCGGUGCCAGCACACACACAGACACGUACAAAAACUAUGCAUUUGGAUCGUCACUGGGAGCAGGACCUCCUGCAUUACUACUGCCUGCAGUCUGACCACUGAGGACCAGAUGGACCACAUUCAUAUUCUCAGGAGGUCUCUUCCUGAAGGAGCUUUCACUCACUGAUCUGAGAUUUUUGUUUAAAACCCAAAAGCAGAAAAACCUUCACUUCCUCGUAGCACCGGGUGCAACACGAUGUAGCAUGAGUGACCACUCAGACGACAGGUGUGAGAGAGCAGACAGGUUCUCCACACGUUCUAAACGACUUCCUGUCAUUUUUCUGCAUGUGACAAAGAACCAAUGAAGGAAAAAAGACUUUAUUCAUCUUCUGCACUGUAUUGCUCUCCAACUGGACAAGAAUGAGGAGAAGCGAGUCGACGAUCAAACAUUUUGUUUGAUCUUUCUUUGAAUAUUUGUUCUUUUGACUUAAGGCACUCAUUUUUUUGUGAAUGUCCAUAAGAAAACCUUUUUUUAAAGACUCCAGU